AUGCAUUCCAGAAGUAACAGCACAGAAAGUCCAACCAGACCAAAGCUGAGCCAGCAAAGGUUGAAAGGCCACCAUAAAGAAGAGGAUGGUUGCAGUGGGAGAGGAAACAUGCAAGGAAGGCAGAAGGAUGAUGUAGCCCAAGCCAGUACCAUCCUAAGAAGCCCUAAGGCAGAGAAAAAGCAAAGAAGUUCUUUCAAGCAAAGAGAGGAUCUCUCUCGUGAUGACUUACUAUUUCUUCUUAGUGUCCUCGAGGGUGAACUGCAGGCUCAAGAUGAAGUUAUAGGAGUACUUAAGGCUGAAAAAAUUGACUUGGCUUUGCUUGAAGCACAAUAUGGCUUUGUUACUCCCAAGAAGGUGUUAGAGGCUCUCCAGCGAGACGCUAUUCAAACAAAGGCUGAGCAAUGGCAAGAAGAUGUCUAUGAAAAGCCUAUGAGAGAGCUUGAUAAAGUUGUAGAGAAACAGAAAGAAACUCACAGAAGAAUGCUGGAGCAACUUCUAAUGGUAGAAAAAUCACACAGACAGACACUGUAUGAACUAGAAGAAGAGAAGAGGAAGCACAGCAAAUACAUGGAAAAAAGUGAUGAGUUCACAAAUGUACUGGAACAAGAACGGGAAAGAUUGAAAAAGCUUCUUGAACAGGAAACAGCAUAUCAGGCAAAAAUAGAGAAGGAAAACAACAAGAAAAUAGCUAAACUGAAAGAAGAAUUGACAAAACUGAAAUCCUUUGCUUUAAUGGUGGUGGAUGAACAGCAAAGACUUACUGACGAGUUGAAUCAACAAAGUAAAAAAAUUCAAGAAUUAACCACUUCUGCAGAACAAGCACACGAGAAGCUGGCUUUUGCUGAAGCCAAAGUUCAGGAAGAAGAACAGAAAGCCAGCAGGCUGGAGGCUGAACUUCAAGCCCAAAGCAGUAAGAUUUCCCAAAACCAAGAAGCAAUGAUGGCCAAACUAACCAACGAAGACAGUCAGAAUCGUCAGCUCCGAAUAAAAUUAACUGCUCUCAGCCGACAAAUUGAUGAGCUGGAAGAGACCAAUAAAUCUUUAAGAAAAGCGGAGGAAGAACUGCAAGACCUAAGGGAUAAGAUAAACAAGGGAGAGUGUGGGAACGCCACACUUAUGACUGAAGUGGAAGAACUACGGAAACGACUGCUGGAGAUGGAAGGAAAAGAUGAAGAGCUCAUAAAAAUGGAAGACCAGUGCAGAGAACUUCACAGAAAAUUAGAAAAAGAAGCAUCACAGAGCAGGAACCUUAAAGGGGAAGUUGACAAACUCAACAAAAGAAUUAUGGAGCUGGAGAAACUAGAAGAUGCUUUCAACAAGAGCAAACAGGACUGCUACUCCCUGAAAUGCAACCUAGAAAGAGAAAAAAUGAUAACACAGCAGUUGUCCCAUGAGCUAGAUGGCUUAAAAGCUAGAAUUGGUGAGCUUGAAGCAAUUGAAAGUAAGUUAGAAAAAACUGAGUUUACACUUAAAGAAGAUUUAACAAAGCUGAAGAGUUUAACAGUGAUGCUUGUGGACGAAAGAAAAACAAUGGGUGAAAAAAUAAAGCAAACAGAAGAAAAGCUGCAAGCUGCAACUUCUCAGCUUCAGUUGGAACAAAAUAAAGUGAUGUCUGUUACAGAAAAGUUAAUUGAGGAAAGUAAAAAGGCACUCAAAUCAAAAUCUGAUGCAGAGGAAAAGAUGUCCAGCGUUACAAAAGAAAGAGAUGAACUGAAAAACAAACUCAAAGCAGAAGAGGAGAAAGGAGAUGAUCUUGUUUCCAAAGUGAAUGUUCUAAGAAAAAGACUUCAGUCACUGGAAGCUGUUGAAAAAGAGUAUCUUAAAAAUAAACUCAAGGAGAAUACUAAAUCCAGCACCUCCUUGCAACACGAGAACAACAAAAUCAAAGAGCUUUCUCAAGAAGUGGAGAGGCUUAAGCAAAAGCUGAAAGAAAUGAAGGCUAUAGAAGAUGAUCUUAUGAAAACUGAAGAUGAAUUCGAAUCUCUAGAACGAAGGUAUGUCAAUGAACGGGACAGAUCUAAGCUCCUAUCAGAGGAGCUGGAGGCUGUGAAAAUGGAAUUGGCUAGGUAUAAGUUAACAGAAAAGGCAGAGUCCAAUCAAGAACAGCGUCUUUUUAAGAAGCUCAAAGAAGAGGAAGCUAAAUCAAGUCAUCUUUCCAGAGAAGUAGAUGCACUGAAAGAGAAAAUUCAUGAAUACAUGGCAAAAGAAGAUCUAAUCUCUCAUCUUCGAGGUGAUCAUACAGUCUUACAGAAGAAACUCCUCCAGCAAGAAAACAAGAACAGGGAGUUAGCAAAAGAAAUGGAAAGUCUCACAAAAGAAUUAGAGAGGUACAGACACUUCAGCAAGAACUUCAGGCCUGGUCUCAAUGGAAGGAGAAUUUCUGAUUUGCAAGUUUUUUCUAAAGAAGUCCAGACAGAUCUGGGAGACAAUGAACCACCUGAUUACAAAACCCUCAUGCCUUUAGAACGAACAGUCAUAAAUGGGCAGCUGUAUGAAGACAGCGAUAAUGAGGACAAAGACAAUAAUGAGGAAGAACAGAGAAUGUCUUUCAAAAGCAACUCAUCCAUUACAAAUGCCGUCAACAAAAAAUUAUGGAUCCCUUGGAUGAAGUCCAAAGACAGCCACCCUCAAAAUGGAAAGAUUCAUACAAAGCAAAAUGGAAACUGUGCACAGACUGGCGACCUCGUGCUAAGCCAUACCCCUGGCCAACCUCUUCACAUCAAAGUAACUCCAGACCAUGGACAGAACACAGCAACACUUGAAAUAACUAGUCCUACCACUGAAAGUCCUCACUCCUACACAAGCACAGCAGUUAUACCAAACUGUGGCACUCCAAAGCAAAGAAUAACCAUUAUUCAAAAUGCCUCCUUAACACCUGUAAAAUCAAAAGCAGCAGAAGGUUACAUGAGCCCAGAGCAAGUAAUUUCUCCAAUUACUAUGGCUACUUUUGCAAGAUCUCAAACUCCUGAAUCAUGUGGUUCUCUAACUCCUGAAAGAACAAUGUCCCCUUUGGCUUUACCAGGCUCAAGUUCUCAGGAACAAAUACUCUCCUCAGAGUCUUUGGAAAUGGGAGCCAAGCACACUGUUUUUAGAGUAUCCCCAGACAGGCAGUCAUCAUGGCAGUUUCAGAGAUCUAACAGCACAGGAUCAAGUGUAAUAACUACUGAGGAUAACAAAAUCCACAUCCAUUUAGGAAGUCCUUAUGUCCAAUCUUUCACCAGUUCCAAGCCCACCAGUCCUUGUAAUCCAGUGCAAGACAACAGAACAGCAGCACUAGCUAAUGGCCUGCCCAGUAAGCCCACCAAUAAAAUCACCAGCAGUAUUACCAUUACACCAACAGCCACUCCUCUCCCACGGCAAUCACAAAUUACAGUAAGUAAUGUCUAUAACUGACCCCCAUCCAUGCUGCCACCCUUACCAGCAACCCAUCCUGUUUUUCAUCCCAGCAAGAAUUAUUUGGAACAGCCCCUUUACUCUGGGAGAGAUCUGUGCAUGAACUAUACGACCGUAUAUGGAACUAACGUUAAGUUUUGCCUGCUUAGUGUUAUCAAGUGUGCACUUACUGUAUACCUUCUCAUUGAAAUACAGUUAUGUAAAAUAUUUAGUCUUGCACUUGUAUAAAUGCAUCUUUAUGUAUUUCCAUUUUCAAAAUAACUCACAUUACUUUUGACUGCAACUUGCCUUGGUAAAAUAUUUUAACAUUACAAACACAGUAAAUAAUUGAUUAUUUU